GUUUAGUGGACCACAGAUUUGGACCUCAUUAAGGCUGCGAAAAAUGUUGGUGUCAGAGACAUUCUAGAGGUCAGAAUUGCAGAGAAUCGAGCCAAUGGACAGUCAAAAGGCUAUGCAGAGGUUGUGGUGGCCUCACAAAACUCACUCCAUAGACUAAUGGAAGUUCUGCCUCGGCAUAAGGUCAACGGCACAAAAGUGGAAGUACGAUUUGCAACACGUCAAAAUAUUGGUGCGUUUGAGAAUCGGGCUGAGAAAAGGAUAAGCCAGAAGAGUCAUAGUCAAGAGUCUGGAGUUGAUUUUUUGGGCAAUCCUUUCCCUAUAGCUUCUACAGAGACUGUUGCUUCACUGCCUUACCCUGGAACAAUGACAACAGUACAUCCCAUUUUUAACCACCCCCCAUUUGUAGCAGAAAUGGCCUGUGCCAUACAGCCCCCUGGUCUACCUGCAGUUCCUCCUUCUCGUGGAUUUGAAGCAAUAUCUAAUACCCCACCUGUUCACCUGUAUCCCUUUGUUAAUCCUCCACCACCAAUUUCAGUCCCACCUUCAGGGUCAGCUCCGUCUACUUUAAAUUUCAACCCUGCCCUUUUCCCAUUCCCAUCUUCCAGCCUCACUUCUACAACAACUGAUUUGUAUGUCCAUGGGUCAUCCAUUAAUGCAUUUGGUCAUCAAAGUGACCCUAUGACACCAUUAUUGAGUGAAGCAGAGUUUGAAGAGAUUAUGAACCGCAACCAAGCAAUUUCAAGCACUGCUAUUUCCAAAGCUCUGUAUGACGCUAGUACAGGUGAAUUCAGAGAAGCCGCUGAGACUUUGUUGACAGCUAUUGCUGUACUCAGACAAUCCAAGGUGUCCUGUGAUGUGCGCUGUCGAGUUCUUAUUUCUUCACUUAAAGACUACUUGCACAGUAUUGAAUCCAGACUUUAUGGGAGCAGGAAACACCGCAGGUCACAGGCAAAAUCUUACAGUAACACCCUGAAUGGAUCUCGUCGACAUCAAGAUCGCUCUCACAGUGAUGAUCAUAAUGAGGAGAAUUAUCUUGGUAGGAGCCGUGAUAGAGCCCGACAACGAGACCAGAGGGACAGAGAUCGUCAGCGUUAAGGAUAAAUUCAACACUUUCCUGAUUACACCUGAUCAUCUUUAUGUCUGAUGUGUGCCAACAGAGGCAUGUGGCAUAAAGAUUCACAACAUGCUGAUGUUGUAUAUAGUUUGUUCAUCAAGGAUCCUUAGAACAACUGUGAAAGGAGCUCAGUUUACUUACAUCUCAGUGUGUCAUUGUGUUUUUCUUGAAGAUUCCAGUCAAAUUUGUACUGAUAAUCCGUUGUUGUUUGGACUAGGAAGUAGUUUUUCGGUUACUUUUUUUUUUUUUGUUUUGUUAUUAAAGUGGCCACUGCAGGAAUUAAUUUAGGUAAUAUAUCUGCUCCCACUGCCCAAGCUAAUCUGUAAGCUGAAGCGCUUUCCUUUGCUGCCUCUGGCUAAGUACUGGUUAAGUACUGCCUGAGGUAUAGCACAUUAUCAAUGUUAGUGUUUUAUUUUCUCUUUUUUAUUCGUUUGCAUUUGCAUGUUUAUUAGCAUCUUGGAAUGUUUGUGGAAUUUGUUCAUAUUCACAAGGUUCAGGUUAAGAAAGUCAAUGAAAACUUAAUCAUUUAAAGAA